UUUCAUGUUUAUGCACCGGAACUACUUUCUGUCUUUGGCGGUAGUAGCCAUUUUGUGGGCUCUAAAAAAAUAUCUGUAUCCGUCUUAAUCCAAGUCUUCUGACAAAAUAAAAAUGAGUAACCACGUCGACAGAGAAGACAGCGUUUACCAGGCUAAGCUAGCAGAACAAGCCGAAAGAUACGAUGAAAUGGUAACCAGUAUGAAAAAUGUUGCCCAGUCAGAACAAGAACUUUCUGUAGAAGAGAGGAAUUUGUUGUCAGUAGCAUACAAAAAUGUUAUAGGAGCUAGACGUGCAUCUUGGAGAAUUCUUAGCAGUUUGGAACAAAAGGAAGAGGAUAAAAAAGACACUAAAGGAAACGUACAACUUAUUAAAGAAUACAGAGAAACAGUUGAGAAAGAGUUGAAGGAUAUCUGUAAAGAUGUAUUGGACAUUCUCGAGAAAUACUUAAUACAAUCCGCCACAACAGGAGAAUCCAAAGUAUUUUAUUAUAAAAUGCAAGGUGAUUACCACAGAUACAAGGCUGAAUUUGCCACUGGCGAGGAAAGAAAGCAAGCUGCUGAGGAUGCCCUAAAGGCAUACAGAUUAGCAAGCAAGGAAGCCACCGAAGGUCUAGAUGCCACUCACCCUAUAAGAUUAGGUCUAGCUCUCAAUUUCUCUGUGUUCUAUUAUGAGAUAUUGAAUUCCCCAGACAGAGCAUGUCGAUUGGCAAAAGAAGCAUUUGAUGAUGCAAUAGCUAAAUUAGAUGAACUAGCUGAAGAAAGUUAUAAAGAUUCAACACUUAUCAUGCAACUGUUGAGAGAUAACUUAACUCUUUGGACUUCAGAUAUGGCUGAUGAUGAACAAAAAGAAGAAGUACAAGACAUAGAGGGAGAGGAUGCCUCCUAAUGAACUAUUGUCAUAUAUCAAAUGUAAUAUCCACCCUGAAAAUGAACAUAGAAGGAGCAGAGACUUUAUUCAAUAAUGAUAUUUUAAUGUAAACUUAUUACUGUGUAAAGAGAGUAUUUGAUCACUAAUUUAUUUAUAUAACUUUACAAAAUAUUGAUCUAGUGACAGUAAAAUGGGAUAUGGCUUUGUAUUAUCAUUGACUUGUAGGAUUUGUGUUGUAUAUCCGAUUUUGAUGUUUGUGAUGUUUUUCUGAACUAUAUUCAUAUUUUAAAAUUAUUAACAAAUGGAUAUAUGUUUUUUUUUAAAGAGUAUUUUCUUGUAUUUGUAAGAAUGACUGGAUUUUGAUUGUUAAGUUUUAGGUAUUACUGUAAUCUGUGUUUUUAACACUAUUUGAUAUGUGAAAAUUUCCAACCAUGAUUUUUCAGAAAUUGGUACUUAUAUCGAAAUCAGAUAAUAAUGGAAUAUGUUAUUUGUUAGAACCCAAUAGGUUUAGAAGAUAAAGUUUUAAUUAUUGGAUUGAUGUACCCCUCAGUAUAUAUGUAAAGCUGUUGAAGCAGUUUCAUUUCCAAGUUUUUCAUCUAUUGACUUGCUCAAAGCAAAAGCACCUACAUUUUUGAUAGCUUAAGUGGUAAUUUAACAUUAAAAUGCAAAUAAAGUCUUGCGUCAGACGUCUAUUUGAACCCAAAAUCAUAAGUGUUCUUGUUAGCAAACGGCUUAACAUAAUUGUAAAAUAGAAAACUUCAUCCAUUCACCAUAACGUCAAUACCCAUUAUAUAAAAAUUACUAUGACCCAUCAAUUUAUCAUAUUUUUGUUUUUAAUUGUAAAUUUAACAGUAUAAAUAAUGAUGGAAUUUCUAAUUCCUCCCAUUGACACUGUUUCUGUUUGGCUAGAAUACUGGGAUAUCAACAACUGCUUUUGAAAUUAUGUUGAUUUUGAUUAUCCAGUUUGUUAAUAUAAAAUUAUACCCAACCAAAUACACCGUUAAAGGAAAAUGUGUCUGUUUUGAAUACAUCAAAAUGAAUCGUAUUAAAAAUAAGAAGCAUUGUUUUAGGAAAUUUUUUUUUGAUUUUUUAACAAAUAUUUAAGUCCUCCUUAAAUUUGUUUCAUACAAGAAAAAUAAAGGAACAUUUGACUAUUACUCUACUAAGGAUCUUGGACUGGUUGAUUUAAGGGUUGCGGAAUCAGAUUGAAAUGGCAGCAUGACCGAGUGGUUGGUCAGUCUGACUAGUAAUCUUAAUUGCUUACCGCGUGGGUGCAAACCUUGUCUGGGGCAAGUCGAUGUUUCUUUGAGCAAAAAAAACUUAGAAAUUAUUGCUUAGUACUGGUUGAUUCCAGGUGUUUCAAUAAGCUGCUUCCAACCCAAUCAAACUAAAAUAAAUUUGUAUAAACUAAUACGCAAGUGAGCUGCCACUGGUACGUCAUCAUAGAAUGACAGAGGUAAACCUUUACUAAAAAUAGGUAUUACAAAAACUGGCCAGAGUGACUUAAAGUUUGUAACGAUACUAUUGAUUGGUUAAUGUUUAUAGAUUUGUUUAUAAUGUUAGGCCUGAUAUUCCUUAAUUAGUUUAUAAUGAAAAAAAAAGACUAGGGCGGGAAAUUCCCUUACUCAAAUUUAAACUGCCUUUGAAUGAUGUUCAUAUUGGAUAAUAAUGUGCUUCUGUUUUUAUUUUAUUUUCUCAUGUGAUAAAUUUAUAUAUAUAUAUGUAGUAGUGUUGGAUUUUUACUGUAGAAUAGUGCUUUAUUAAAUAUUUCACUUUAUAUGGACAUAAUGUUAUUUAUAGGUCUGCUUAAAAGAAAGUUUAUAUGCUUUACAAGUCUUUUUUAAUUUUUUUUAGAACAAAAAAAGGUUUUUGUUGAUAUAAAGGGAUAAAAUUGUGAUUUUUUUUUUUUCGACAGCCACCAUCAUUGUAUUUUUUAUUUAUCAAUAUAAUGAAUUUUAAUAUUUGAAGUUUAUUAAUGAAAAACAUUUGAAUGAUGUAGAUCAAUAAACUAGACUUACUGUCAAUGACACACAGUCCAUUUCAUGACAUUUGUUUGUUUUUCAUUAAAUAGAAAUCUUAUUUUACAAUGCAUGUCAUUGGAUUAUUCGUCAGAAGUGUGUCUGUAACAAGAAUGAAAUGUUCUUGGAUAAAAUGUAUGAGAUAAUUGUUUUUUGUUUUUUUUUGUAAGGAUAAAGGAAAAGGAUAUUCUUAAUAAGCUGUCUGUCGCUAAUUCUCCUUUUGUUCUUAUACACCUGUGUUCUUUUUUUUACCUUUUUCAAAACUGAACAAAUUUAGCAGUUUGUACACUAAAAUGCAUGGUUGAAGAUUUUCUAGGAAUAUCUUAAGAUUUUUAACCUUUAGCCUACUGGCAGCAACACAUUCUACCUGUGUAACCAGUACAGACCAUGAGCAUGCACUGUUUGAUAUUCAAUUAGUAUACAUAUUUUGAUAUUUUCCCUUUAAAAAUGAUGAAUGGUUUUGUCCAGAUUGAAAGAUGGAAUGCUUUAUAGAGAUGGUUGCUUUUGGAGGUUAAAGAAAGACACAAGUUUCAUUUCAUCCUUAUUCUUUAAGGAUAUGUCCUGCUUUGAAUCUGGAACAGUCCAUGCAAAGGGAUUUCAUCAUGAAAGGGAAAAAAAAAACCAGAGCUACCAACAGUAAAAAGCCUGUUCAGCAGCCUGGUAAAUGUUCAUCACUUUUGGCUCCAGUAGGUUAAAGGUUACAAAUACAUGCUAGUAAUUGAUAUGAAAUUUGAUUGUAGUAAGAAUACAUAUUGUAACUUUUCUAUCUUUUCUUUCUCACUAAGGUGUCUCGUUUAUGUAUUAACCAUCAUAAUUUGGCUUUUGACAAAAAUAAAAUUUGUACAAUGGAA